AAUAAAUUUAAUGCAGCUUUUUCUGCAAUUUUAGUAUUCAAGAGUAAAAUAAUUUUAAUGUUUGUGUUUUCAGAUGCAUACCCAUGGAAAAAAAAAUUUAGUUAAAAAACAUGAGAGUGUCUCUUUAGGAUCAAGUAGUCCGAAGCAUAUAUCAGGAAAUCCUAAAAGGGUGCAUUCAGAGGUGGGUGCUGGAGUAUGUUUCCCCCUUUAACAAUGGGAAGGGGGAUCCCUGUAGGAACAUACAAAUGACGCAUUAAAAAUGAUGAUCCUUGGUGAAUUUAAGCAAUUGGAAUAAAGAUUUAUAACCGUGUUAGCAGAGCUUCGGAUAAUGUUAUUGAAAUAAAUGUUUUCUGGUCGUGCCGGUACAAAAAGUUUCAUUUCUGAUAUGAUUGUCGAUGUAGAUUGUUUCUGUGUAUCUUAUUUUGGACAAACAUGUUGGCCAAAAAAAUGAAGGAUAAAUCAAGACAGCAAAAGAAAAGGCUUUUGAUUGUGCUGAUGAACAAAAAAAUCCAGUCUCUAUUACUUUUGUCAUGGUCCAAUCGUUUAACAUCAACAGAGUUUUUUCACCUGCUGUAGCAGGUAAUGAAUAAAUAGUAUGUUUGUAUGAGCUGAUUUAAUACACAGUUAUUGUUGUUUUUCUGUCUAAAUGUAUGCCAGUUUUCCAGUAUUUGAAUAAUUGAGCUUAAAGCUGACAUGUUAAAUUUCUCAUUAAAAAAGCGUUAAAUUACGUGUUAAAUUCCAAUAAUAAAAGGCCAAGCCUGUUCCAAUUUUCUCUGUAAAACCCUGCUCCCUCGAUUUGGCAGGUCUCUAGCCAUUGAAGAUUGCUCAACUUUUGAUAGGAUGUUGACACCAGCACACCAAAUUGGCAUGACGUAAAUACUGAUUUCAUGUUUUUUUCUAGACAUUUAGGGAUAUAUAUAUAUAUAUUCACCAUCAUAAAUAAAGUUUAUGGCUAAAUUAUUAAAUUGGGAAUGAAAAUUUCAGAAUUGAGAAUUUAAAAACAUUCCGAUUUGGAAGGGGUUAAAAUCUCUGACUCAUGGGAAUUGCUUUAAAAGACCUGGAUUUUUACUUGCACAUAAAUGUAUACAUUUUACCAUCUCGCCAAAAAAGAUUUUGAGCUCAAUAUUUUGCCAUUAGUUUCUUCCAAGGUGUCAGUCUUCCCUCGGGGCAAGUUUUCAUGCUGUGGAAAAGUUUACCUAUAUUAAUUUUUCAAUCCCGCCUAUCAACCGUGGACGUGAUUUUUAUUGUGUUGCCUGCAGAGCUUUGUAGACAAAAGGGAAUUGCAUUGUCCUACGAUGUCUGUGUCAUACUUUUAUUUCCGAUCAAUAACUUUUGAAUGACUUGGUAUAGAGUUUUCAAACUUGGUAAAAACAUUGGUCAUGGUCAGUAUAGAACCCUAUAGAUUUUGGUGCCCAACUUUAAAAAAAAAAAGAGUGAUAAACUGGCAUGGCAAUAUCUUCAGUCAAUGAAUGGCUAUGUUGCUGCAGCUUAAUUGUCCAAUCUCUUACUUGUUUCUAAUUUAUUUUAAAAGUAAUCUUUGUAAUAUAUAUACUAUUGAGAUCAAUGAAAAAUUGGUAUUGUGAUUAAUGUCCCCAACUUUCAAAGAAAUAAAAAAAAAAUCAGGGGACAAUUUUUAGAAAGAAUUUGUUACAUUAUAUGGUAUAUUAUACAUUAUAUUUUUUGUAUUUGUAACAUAAUGGAAAUUAUCAGAUAGUCAUAUCAAGGAUAAUGAAACUGACAGCCAAUCAGAUAGUUAUAUAUCAAGUAUAAUGAAACUGAAGGCCAAAUUAUAAUAUUCAUGAUGUACUGUAAAACUUUAUUGAUAUAAUUAUGCUUCAAACAUGCUGAUGUACCGUUUGUAAUUAUAUCAUCCAGCAUAUUAGACUUAGCGCCCGUUUGGUAUUGAUGUUUUAACUUACCAGAUGUUGCAUUGUGACUUGGAAUGUGUCAUUAAAUGUACAAUUUUACAUGGUCGACACCACCAUAUCCAAUAAGACGCAUUCCUGGGAUAAAAUACUUAUAUAAGAAAUAUAAAUAAGAUAACAUUGAUUUCCGUUUUUGUGUGUUAACAUAAGUCUGUGUGUUUUGCAAUGUGGAAAGCGGGUUCCACUGAAAAACAACGAGUUCGUCAGCGACAGAGAGCGAUGGAGUUAUGGAGUGUAGCUCGUAACUCAUUGGUGACAAGAUCGUACAUGUGUCCGUAUCAUUCAUACAGAAAUGUUCAUCUUUGUCUGCCAGCUAAUAGCUAGUUAAAUAAACCGAUGAACGAUGGAAACGAAGAGGAAAUCUUUGAAAUAUUGCUGUGUUUGUAAGGGAACUUUUCGUGGCAAAGUUAUCGAUGGUAGAACGGUCUCCCUUCAUCGUUUCCCAAAGAAUAAACGUGUUAAACGAGUCUGGAUACAACGAUGUAAGACUGUGAUGAAAAGUUUUCAGUGGAAUGAAAACAAACUGUUAUGCAGUGAACAUUUUGUUGAUCGUGCGGGUCCGUCCAUGCUCCAUACCCUUCCAUCUAGAUUUCCGACUGCGUCAGGGACUGACAAAAUAUUUCUAAGCUCAGCGCUUGAUGAGAAUGAACAAGAACCAGACACAUACGAUGGUGACGUAAACUUUCAAGGCAAGCCUUUCAUUGCUACACGUUUGGAAUCAGAAUCAGAGACUCCUGAAGAUCUUCAAAUGCCAGCAACAGAAGUAGGGGAUCAUCAGAACGGUGAUGAUGCUGAGACGUCUUUCAUACAAGAAUCCCACAAAUCCAACCUUGAUGUUUCCCUAAAUUUCCAUGACUACACAUGUGAACCGGUUCCAGCACCAAGUGCAAUCAGGAUGAUUGAAACACAGACCUGUAUACCGACGAUGACGAUUGGUACACAGACAGAAUCGGUUCAAACAUUUCGAAGUAUUAGUACCCAAACUGAUACAUGUGAGCAGAGAGGUAUUGGAGUGCAGGCAAUGCUUCCUACUCUAGUGUAUGAGGAUGUCAUGGACAAUCCGUCCAAACUGAACUUCUACACUGGAAUACCAAACAAAGGAUUGUUUAAUGCUUUAUUUGACGAAAUGGGCGAUAUGCAGGAAAAACCUCAAACUCGAUGUAGGAAGUCAAGUGGUGGUCGACCUAGGGCUCUACGACUUAUUGAUGAAUUUUUCAUGGUACUAAUGAGAUUAAGGUUAGGUCUAUUAGUGGCUGAUUUAGCAGCUAGAUUUUGCAUUUCACAGGCAGCCUGCAGCAGAUUGUUGAAUAAGUGGAUUGACUAUCUAGAUAUGAAAUUAGAUUUUUUGAUUAUGUGGCCAUCGAAGUCAGCUGUAAAAUUUAACAUGCCAAAACUUUUCCGAGACAAGUUUCCAGACACUAGGGUUAUUAUUGACUGCACCGAAAUCAAAACUGAAACACCGAGUUCGCUGCAGUUAAAAUCUUUGAUGUACAGCGACUAUAAAUCCCAUAUUACUUGGAAAUCUUUAGUAGGGAUCAGUCCUUCAGGGCAUGUAACAUUUGUAUCAGAUUUGUGGGUUGGAUCGAUAAGUGACAAAAAGAUAACCAACAACAGUGGGAUAAUUGACUUGUGUGAAGAAGGUGAUUCUAUAAUGGCAGAUAAAGGAUUUAUCAUUUCUGACCUCACCACACCAAAAGGAAUAAAGCUGGUCAUACCACCCUUUAAACGUGGACACUCUAAAUUCUCAAAACGUGAAGUUCAGCAAACAAGGGAUAUUGCUAAUGCUAGGAUCCACGUUGAAAGACAAAUGGAGCGCAUAAAAAACUUCAGAAUUGUCCAAGGUGUGAUGCCUAUCACAAUGUCAUCUCGUGCUUCGAAAGUGUGGAAAUUGUGUGCGAAGUUGACAAACCUACAGCCCCCUCUUGUACCCCAUUGACCGUUCUGUAAUACAUGUGUAAUUCUUAUUGUGCAUCAUAACCUGAACUUUUGCCUCAGAAUCAGUGUCUACUCCAGGAGGGGGGAUUUAGCAAAAAAAACAUGAAAUGACUUAUCCCCACCUAUUUUCUUAAGUUGGGGGGUUUAAUUUUCAAAUAAAUACAAAGUAUAUGACAGUUUGAAGAGUUUGAGUAGUAUAUAUUAAAAACUACUAAUACUGCUGUUGAUUGACAGCAAUUAUAGUUUAGUAUAAUUAAGUAUAGUAGCAAAAGAGUUUUUGAACAUUUUAAGUUAUAUGAACUAAACCAUGUAUGCAUUUAUUCA